ACGGAGUUUCGAGCGGCACCGCAGACAUGGCGCUGCCCUGUGAGGAGCAUGAUUGUGACAGCAGUGAGAAAAGCAGCGGAUAAAAGAUCAGGUUAACGGAAUAAAUCAGAGCGAAAUCAUGAGCGCAGUCAGACACGUGGUGUGUGCGAUGUCUGGAGGGGUGGACAGCUCUGUGGCUGCUCUAUUACUGAAGCGGAGAGGCUAUCAGGUCACUGGAGUUUUUAUGAAGAACUGGGAUUCUCUGGAUGAGAAAGGAGUGUGUACUUCAGAAAAAGACUGUGAUGAUGCGUAUAAAGUGUGUCGGGCGCUGGAUAUACCCUUCCAUCAGGUCUCCUAUGUUAAAGAGUACUGGCAUGAAGUGUUUAGUAAUCUUCUCAGGGAAUAUCAGAGGGGCAGAACUCCAAAUCCAGACAUCAUCUGCAACAAACUUAUCAAAUUCAAGCACUUCCAUCAGUACGCAGUCAGUAAUUUAGGUGCUGAUGCCAUGGCCACUGGUCACUAUGCAAGAACAUCUCUGGAGGACGAUGAGGUUUUCAUGCAGACACAAACACCAGCACCACGGACGCUCUUCAGAGAUCGACUGGAGAUCAGAAACCCUGUGAGGCUCUAUCAAGGUGCUGAUCUCUUAAAAGACCAAACAUUCUUUCUUAGCCAAAUUUCCCAGGAUGCCUUGCGCCAGACCAUCUUUCCAUUAGCUGGGCUUACUAAAGAUUUUGUAAAGAAGAUUGCUGCUGAGGCAGGCUUCCAUCAUGUACUAAAAAAGAAAGAGAGCAUGGGCAUCUGCUUCAUUGGUGAGCGAAACUUUGAAGAUUUUAUUCUUGAGUAUUUAGAACCCAAACCUGGACAUUUUGUCUCCAUUGAAGAUGGGAAGAUAAUGGGGACGCAUAAAGGCUGGUUCACAUUUACUUUAGGCCAGAGGGCACGGAUAGGGGGGCAGAAAGACCCGUGGUUUGUGGUUGAUAAAGACAUCACAACUGGAGAAAUAUUUGUGGGUCCCACCACCAACCACCCAGCGCUGCUGCGGGACACCUUACAGACAGAUCGCUUUCACUGGAUAGCUGAGGAGCCUCCUGCUCAACUGGUCCAAACCCAAAUGAUGGACUGUCACUUUCGUUUCCUACACCAGAUGCCUUUAACUCCAUGCACAGUGACCUUGAACCUUGACGGAACAUUGUGGAUAACAAUAAAAAUGCCACUGAGAGCAAUUACAACUGGACAGUUUGCUGUUCUGUAUAAGGGGGACGAGUGUCUCGGCAGUGGGAAGAUUAUCCGGCUGGGUCCGAGUGAAUACACCCUCCAAAAGCGGAACCUUCAACUCAGCAGAACCAGCAAAGACCCUGAACAGCCUCCACAAACGUAGCAAAACCACCUGCAGAGACCUCAGAGACACCUCAACCCAACCUCAGCACAACACUAUGUGGACUGUAACCACUGUAACCUGUGUUCACUGAUAACACUGAUUAAUUGUACAACACAGAUUCUGUGUUUCUGAGAGACAUUUAUAUGAUAUCAGUGUAUCAUGAAGAUCUUGACCCUGCAAUUCUCCUUAUGUAUAAUGGUUUUUAAUUAAAAUAACUGUUUAACUUACAUUUCUGUCAGAAUAUGUUCUGUAGUUUGUGCCAUAAAUAUGUUUACUCUGA